AUGGAAACUAAUGGUAAAACUGCAUGCAUUUUCGGCGCCAAUGGCGUAUCUGGUACAGCUAUGAUUGAAGCAUUAUUAAAAGAACCAGCUAGUGAGUGGAAAUCGAUCAUAGCGCUUUCACGUCGUCCAUUACAAGGAGCGGAUUUUCACAAUGACAAUCGAUUACAUUCUCUAUCCGCUGAUCUGUUAGAAACUGACGUAGAUACACUUAGUGAUCAAUUGAGCAAAGUUAAUGGCCAUGAAAUAACACACGUUUAUUUUUAUGCUUACAUUGAAAAGCAAGAUGAAAAAGAAUUGGUUAAUGUUAAUCGGGAAUUAUUAAAACGAGCGUUGGAUGUGAUAGUAAAAACUGUUCAGGCGGAAAAGAACCAUGGCAGCUUUCAAUCGUUUGCUUUACAAACUGGCUACAAAUAUUACGGUGUUCAUAAAGGAGCACUUUAUAUUGCUUCACGACCAUUUCAAGAAGAUGCUAAACGUCAUUCUGGCUCAAAUUUCUAUUAUGAUCAAGAAGAUUUAUUAAAAGAAUAUGCUACGAAAUACAAUUUCAGUUAUUUAAUUACACGACCGAAUGGUAAUUAUAUGAAUGCAGCUGUAAGUUUGGCUAUCUAUUGUUGCAUUCGGCAAGAGUUGAAUGAAUCAUUAGCCUUUCCUGGAGCUAAGUCUAUCCGCAAAUGUUUAUCCGAUUGGUCAACUGCAGCAAACAACGCUGAAUUUCAGUUAUGGGCAUCAAUUCAUUCUAAAAAUGAAAUUUUUAAUAUUCACGAUGGAACACCCAUAAAAUAUUCGGAACUAUGGCAUGCUAUUACCGAAUAUUUUGAUCCUAAUUCGAAACAGCAAGAUCCCAAAAAGCAAGAUGAAUGUUUACCUAUUACAUUAGUUGAAUAUAUGAAAGACAAACGAGAUGUAUGGCAGCGAUUGGCACAAAAACAUCAACUUGAUCCAAUGGCAUUUGAUUAUGCAACAUGGCACUUUGUCGAUUUUGUGUUUGGUCGCUAUCAUUACAUAUUUGGUGAUGUUACGGGUGAUUUAUCCAGAGCUAGAAAACUUGGAUGGACAAAAACUUAUUCAACAGUAAAUGGAUUUUAUGAAACAUUUGAUAAAUUAAAACAACUGAAUAUAAUACCAAAAUAA